AUGCCGAUUCGCGUGGGUUUUUUGAUCGGGAAGGACACCGACCUGGUGGAAGAUGCAAAGUACGUGGGAAAUGCGUCAUUUCUGAAGGACAUGCCUGACAAGUACCGUGUGGACCCUGAGAGUAAGGAAUACCUGAAGGAUUGCGAAGAGGGCACCAAAGGGUUUGCACAUGCCGAUGUUGCAAUUCCCUGGUUCAUGCACAAGCACCACGAAGACAUCGAGGUGGAUAUGAUCUUUCCAGAUGAGAUUUCGACCCAGCGUUUGAAGUCAAAUGUUUGCAACUUCGUGAUCGGAUACGAUGUGAUCAACACCAUGUUCGAAAACGAAGAAAGGCAGAAAUCUGUCACCAAAGCUUUCAAGCAGUGUGGGAACAUCAUGCCAAGCUGGAAAGUGCAGGACUUCAUCUACAUCAAGUCCAAGUACAUGAAUGCCUGCUUGAAGGCGGGAAUCCCCAUGGCUCCCACCAUUUUUGCCUUCAAGGGCAAGCGAACCCCUGCGAAGCUCCUUAAGGAGAUCAAGGCAAGGGGCUGGAAAAGCUUCGUCAUGAAGCAAUCCAUGAUGGCAUUUUCAUUGGGAUUCUGCAAAUUGUCCGUCGAGGAGUGCGAGAAGGACCCUUCGAUUCUGAAGAAGUACUUCAAAGAAUACGCUGAGUGUCCUGAGUAUGUGGUACAGGAGUGCAUUGAUGGCUUUACUCGAAAUUGGGAGACUCGCGUUUUCUGGUUCAAUGGUGAGUUUCUGUAUGCAAUUGCCAACAAGGCAGCCGUUUCAACAGAGGAUGGCACAGAGGUCAUUGUCACAGGUGAUGACAUCCCAGAGGAGUUCCUUGAGAACGCGAAACGGAUUGGGAAGGAAGCCCUCAAGGUUUUGCCCCAGUUGACAGCUCCUAGUGGAGAGUCCAUUCCAAUGACCCUGAUCCGAACUGAUAUUGGUUGCUCCGAUAGCCAGGUCUUCGAUAAGGACACGAAGUGGAACCCCAACAGCCGGACCUUCUUUUUGAAUGAGAUCGAGUACGGUGGAACCACCUAUUUCAUCCGACACCUCAAAGAAGAUUUUGUGCCAAAGUGGGCUGACUUGUAUGCCAACAAAGCCCGUGAGAUUGCGGCCCUUCAGAAGGAGGAAGCCAUUGAGGAGCCCCAAAAGAAGCGGCCUCGAACAGGAGUUUUGCUGUUCAUCCGACGAUUGAUCCGCGAAAUUCCGCGAAUGCCCAACAUACUGGGCGUUGGCGCCACGCAGCUCCCAGAAAAUGCUCGAUGGGUGGCGGCUCGUGGGACUGGAUGUUAUCAUUUCCUCAACUCGGAGCAUGUCAUGCACGACCAGCGGCAUGCAGCCGCGCAAACGGUGAUGUGGAAGCAGAGACGGCAGCUUCAGGAAGAAAGUCAGCGCCGCAGCUUGAGACUCUUGGAUCACAUCACCGACGAGCAGGCUCUUACUACACAGGAGAAGUUGCUUGCUGUACGAACUGGCACCUAUGAUAUCAAUGGAAAGAUCUUUGCGUUGGGAAAGCAAGCCACCGCACCGCCAAAGCAAGCAGCACGUGGCCACUGGCUGACCCAGGUGAACGGAAGGACAAGCUCCUACAACAUCAUCAAUGGCAUGUCGUUGAAUCCGGCUAUCACUCGACACAGAGAUGAAGAAACGCGGAGGCUGGAUGAGACGGUGAAGGCUUCCUUUCCCGCGGGCGAUGUUCAACCUUUGCGUGAUAUUGCUUGCUACGACAUCCCUGGCUUCGUCCCAGUUAGGCAGCGGCAACUGCCUGGAUUUGUGGAGCGAAGCUACACCUUGCACAGUUCUGAAUAG